AUGAGUUCCUUGCCGCCGUCGCAGGCGGCCGCCGCGGCGUACGGGCGCUUACACAGCCUCCUGCUUGCUUCUACCACCGUGCCGGCGAGGAGUGGGUGCGUGGGGCGCGCACGCAGACUCACGCUCGCGCUCCGCUGCAUCCCGAUUGCCGGGCACAGGCUGAGCAGUCGAAAGGUUGCGUGCCAAGCGAUGACUGAGACCGAGUCAGAGGGCGACGGCGACAAGGAGGAGAAAGAAGAGUUUGGAGAUGAUGCUUCAUCACCUUCGGUUGAUAGUGUUGCAGAAGCAAAUGGACCUGCAGAAAGUGACUCCAGUAUAGACAAUAAGAAAGAUGAAACCACGAAUGCAGAACUACUGAGCUCCAGCGACACAGUUCAGAACAUGGAUGGAGAUGCUACUUCUACCAAUGAUGUACAGGAAAAUGUGGAAGUUGAUGAAGUUGCUAGCGGAUCUCCAUUGCCAGGAAUGAAGCAACAGCUUGAUGAUUCUGUCAGGAUCCCCAAGGCUACAAUAGACAUUCUAAAGGAUCAAGUUUUUGGAUUUGACACAUUUUUCGUGACAAGUCAGGAGCCUUACGAGGGUGGAGUAUUAUUCAAGGGAAAUCUUCGUGGUAAACCAGCCAAAAGUUAUGAGAAGAUCACAAAUCGACUACAGAACAAAUUUGGUGAUGAAUAUAAGCUUUUUCUUCUCAUCAACCCAGAGGAUGAGAAGCCAGUUGCUGUGGUUAUACCCAAGCAGACAUUACAGCCUGAAACUACAGCGCUCCCAGAAUGGUUUGCUGCUGCUUCAUUUGGAUUAGUUACCAUCUUCACUCUGCUACUUCGAAAUGUACCUGUUCUACAGGACAACUUGCUGUCAACAUUUGACAACCUUGAGUUGUUGAAAGAUGGACUAUCUGGUGCCCUAGUGACUGGCCUUAUAAUAGGGGUCCAUGAAAUUGGACAUAUCCUUGCUGCCAGGGAAAGUGGAAUCAAGCUUGGCGUGCCAUAUUUUGUUCCUAGCUGGCAGAUAGGAUCUUUUGGUGCAAUUACCAGAAUUGUCAAUAUUGUCCGCAACCGUGAGGACCUACUGAAGCUAGCAGCUGCUGGACCAUUGGCCGGAUUUUCCUUCGGAUUUGUUCUUUUACUGCUGGGCUUCAUCUUACCUCCAAGUGAUGGCCUUGGCCUUGUGAUAGAUCCAACUGUCUUCCAUGAAUCAUUCCUUGUCGGUGGUCUCGCAAAGCUUCUUCUUGGAGAUGUUCUAAAAGAAGGAACACAGUUAUCCAUAAACCCACUUGUUUUAUGGGCCUGGGCUGGUCUCCUGAUCAAUGCUAUCAAUAGCAUACCAGCUGGAGAGCUUGAUGGUGGCCGCAUAGCAUUGGCCAUGUGGGGAAGAAAGAUAUCGUCUCGGGUCAGCAGCCUUACCAUUGGGUUGCUUGGGAUCGCAGCUCUCUUCAACGAUGUUGCCUUCUACUGGGUGGUGCUGAUCUUCUUCCUGCAGAGGGGUCCGAUUGCUCCUCUCUCUGAGGAAAUCACAGACCCUGAGAACAACUACAUUGGCAUCGGUGUUGCCAUUUUGCUAUUUGGGCUUCUGGUCUGCCUGCCUUACCCAUUCCCAUUUGACCCGUCGCAAUUAACUGAUAUCGAUUUCAACUUUUGA